AACUACUGAAAUGCUGUCACAACAGUCGAUCUGAAGGGAAUUUUCUAGGAAGUGCUGCGAGAGAUAAAAAAUAAAACUGAAAACAAAGGCGAGACGCGCGUUUGUGAAAUGAAACGUGUGUGGUAAACAGAUAUUAAAUUCAGACAAAAUGUCUGGGAUGCAUUAACCACACUUAAAAGCUUGUUCUUCAUUCUCGUGCUUCCAGUUGAAUUUGUGAGAGCUUUGCAAUGGAAACGGACACAGAAAUGCUGAUCAAAGACAAUUGGAAAAAUCUAAUUGAUUCCGUUGACCGCAAGAUCACCCGGACAGCUAUCUCACUUGCACAGAAAGUGGAGAUUCUGGAAAAACUCGGGGAUCCCAUCGUCAAAAGGAAAGACAUUGCAAGCGAAUAUGGCCUGUCUGUCUCCACAAUUAGCAAAUUACUAAAGAACAAAGAUGAUAUUAUGCAUGAAUGGCAUCGUGGAGCCAACCAAGACCGGAAGAGGAAACGCUUAGGGAAGGUCCAGUCUGUGGAUGAAGCUUUACUGCGCUGGUUUGCCAUCGCAAAAGAGAAGGAAGCUGUCGUCACAGGACCCAUACUGAUGGCGAAGGCCAAGAGUCUCGCUGAAACCCUGGGAGUGGAAUUCAACCCUUCUCAGGGCUGGCUACAGCGCUGGAAAGAGAGGAACAAUAUUGUCAUUAAGCGAGUCCAUGCGGAAAAAAGCCAGACAGAUGGUAAUAACUCUGACUGGCCACCUACCUUACUGCCUGCGAUCCUGAGCAGAUUCACCCCUGAGGAACGGCACACCUGGCUCCAGCACGCGGUGGAGGCAAGAAACUGCAAGGAGGAGAGCGAUGAAGACUCAACCUCCACAGCUCCCAUCCUGCCUUCUGUUCUGAGUGGACUGUCGCCUGAAGAAAAGCAGGCAUGGCUCCAAAACGUGAAGGAAAGCAGUGGGGAAGUAGAGGAGACGGGCCAAGCUGAAGAAAACUGUGUGGGCGGAAAAUCUCCAGAUCAACAGACCAAUGUGCCAGCUGCUCUGGGCUUGCUCUCUCCAGAACUUCAGCAGAGCUGGCUCGCGAGGAAUAACGCGAAGGGAUCUCACAAGGAGCAGUGCGACCUGGACGUCUUCUCAACAGAGCAGUGCGCUCGUGCCAUCAUGCCUUUUAUUCUGAGUGGACUGUCUCCGGAAGAACAGGAGAGCUGGCACCGACACUUGAGGGAGAAACUCAGGACACAGGACAGACGUUCGGCAUCACAAUCACCAGAGAAGCCAUUAACCAGCAGAUCAGAAGAGCAGCAAGCUGUCUUACAAAGAAACAGCAACCCCCUGCAGGACGCUGAAGGUUCAGAGAGCAAGGCAGGACUCUGCAGGUAUUCCACUGAGCAGCAGCAGGCUUGGGUACAGCAGUUAAAAGAAAGGAACUCCCCUGCUGGAAAGAGUGAUGAAACUGGGCGAGAUCUAGAUGGAUCUCCAGGUACUGUUCCCCAGGACAGUGAUGAAGAAGAGCUGGAGCCACCUGCCAGCGAAGCAGAGGUCUCUUACUGCCUGCGCCGGAUACACAGCUUCAUAAAGCAGCGCCAGGCUGACCACCUUGGACACUUCCAUACAUUCGAGAGCUACCUUCAAACCUUAAUGAAAACAGACUGCAAAACUAAAGGAAACUGUUGAUUGGGUUAAUGUGUGUCUGCACACCCAGGUGUGGGGCCAGCUCCUAUACUGUAAUGUGGUACAGAUACAACAACUGAUGCAAUUAGUUCUUCCAAAACCAUGCUAUAUGAAACUUUAUAUAGCAAGCAGCCAAGGCUAGGGAAGUGUUACUGUUACACUGCUGUACGUUCAUAGAUACGGUGCUAUAAAAAGAAAGUAUUAGAAUCCUGAAGCAAUGUGACUGGAUUAGGGUUGAGAAAUGCAAUACCUACUAAAAUACUACAUGCUGGUAGAACUGUAAAAAAAAAUAUUUUCUUAACUUAAAGUUGCUAAGAAAUGUUUUUUUUUUAGUGUUUUUUUAUUUUAAGGUGUGUGAAAAUCCUAGUUGUGUGUUUCUAUAGAGUAGAGCAGUGUGCCUAAUCCUAAUAGCUGCUUAAAUAUAAUACAGCAAGUACUGGUAGAAUAUCAUCCGUAACUAAUCAAUAAUGCAUAAUUUAGAAAUACGAAAAGAAGCUUCAAUUCAAUGACAAACAUCUCCAUGUCUUUUUCAAACUGUUCUUCAAGUCUAAACGUUUGUCAUUGAAUUUAAGCUUCUUUUUGUAUUCUAGAUUUAUAAUUAGGGUUUCUGGUUUUCGGGUUUUAUUCAUUGUAUUUUUCAGUGCUUAUUUUUAGCUAUUUUCGAGUUUAAUGUAAAUCGUUUUAUUUCAGGGCUUUCGUUUUUUGAUAUACUAUUAUUAUUAUUUGUUUAUUUAGCAGACGCCUUUAUCCAAGGCGACUUACAGAGUCUAGGGUGUGUGAACUAUGCAUCAGCUGCAGAGUCACUUACAGUUACGUCUUACCCGAAAGACAGAGCACAAGGAGGUUAAGUGACUUGCUCAGGGUCACACAAUGAGUCAGUGGCUGAGGUGGGAUUUGAACCGGGGACCUUCUGGUUACAAGCCCUUUUCUUUAACCACUGGACGACACAGUUUUCGGUUACUUUAUAAAAUGCUUGAGCGUUAUUUUUCUGUCAAAAUAUGUAUAGUAGUAAUAAUACUACUUUUGUACAUUCCAGAAUAUCAUUUUUAUAGACGAUUUCUAUUGCUAAAACAGUUUGUGCAAGAAUACUCUUGUCCUCCACGGGGGCCAGUCGAGAAUAGGUGUAACAGAAAAUCCAGCUGCAGAAGGCUGUUUUCAGGGUUUUUUUUUUUUUUGUCCCUGGGCAUUACACAUCAUUAGCACUAGGAGACUGGAAUAAACACUUCUUUAUUUUAUUGUUAACUAUUUAACUUUUUUGCUGCAUGACAUAUUGAACUUAUUAUAUUUCUGUUACUUAGCUUUCCUUGUAUAUAUAACAUUUUACAGUAUUAUCAUAAUUUUAACCCAUAUGAUAAUAAUAACAGUAAUAAUACUGGAAGCACUGCAGAGAUUGGCAGAACUCGGCACACUUGGAGACUAUACUACUGAAAUGUAAUGAUCUAGAAAUCAUUAGAAUAUUUUUAAUGCAAAUUAAGCUAUUUAUAGUAUAAAACAUUAAACAAAAUACAUAAAACAAAAAGCAACAACAUAAUGCAUUAUAAGCGCUAUGUAAUGGUGGUCCAUGUAAUGGUGCUAUAUGAAAUUAUUUAUAUAUCUAGUUACACAGUUGGCCAACGUGGAAUAACCUGUGAGUGUUUAUGGAAUAUUUGUAGACAAUCAGUCUGCAAAGACAACUUUUCAGUCUGCUUUUGUAAAAUGUAAAAUAAAAAUGCCAGAAUUUUUUGUUCUGAAAACACUUGAAAGAGUUCCCACUUGAUCACUAUCUGUGUGUGACCUUAAGUAAACAAACUUGCAAAUUCAAAAGCUUUCCAGUCACUUCUGUAGAAACUCCAUUUGUACUUUUUUUUUUUUUUAAAUCUAUCUGUGUGUGAGUGAGCACAUGCUUUUACUUUUAAAUGAAUAUAUUAUAAUUGUACAAAAACCAAGCUGGUUAAACUAUAAUGCUUAUUAUUAGGAGUUAAAGAAUAAACCAUGUGUAACAUUAAUACAUUUAAAUGUAAUCUAAAUAUAUAUUAACAAUACAGUAUUUUGAUAUGUCCAAGCAACAACUAUAUUUAUGUUGUGUGUGUCACUGGGAUAAGUUAUAAGUUGGAGAUUCUGGGGUAGCAACACCUUGGUAACGCAGACAAGGAAGCCAGACAAAGUAAUUAUCAAAAGGAGGUUUAUUAAUUGUAUUCUAAAACUAUUAAAAGCAAUAAAAUGUAAAUAUGCAAAAACACAGUAUUAAAAUGGCUAAGCACAUAAGCAGAUGGGGGGGGGGGGAACACUCCCAUUGUCUAGCAGUAGGAGCCAUUUUGGGUUUUCUGACCUGCAAACUUUUUUUUUUUAUGCUUCUUCAGUACAGUUUAUACAAGGGCCUGCAGUUAGUAAAACCUGAAAUGGACCAAACUGCUAUGCAUCAGGAGUCUUAUUUCCAUCCCUGCAUAUGCAAUUAACAAUAAAAGUAAUAGCUAAUUUAAUAGCAGCAAAGGUAACAGUAACUAUAGCAAUAUAAUUCAAAAUGAUAGUUGUAUCAAUAGCAGCAAUGUUGGCAGUAGCAAUAGAAUUAAUACAGCUAUAUAUAAACAGCAACAAGAAUGAACAGAAUAAUAAUUGUUUAAAACAAUACAAAUAUCCAGGAUCCCCCUUCUCAGUGUCCCAAAGCAGUUUGGACUCAAACAGGCUGCAACAGCUCUAGAGGGAGGGGUGUCAGCUGGACACAGAAGUGCUAUAAAUAAUAGUGCAGAGUGAAUAUACAAAAUCAUAUCGUGAUUAAAGUAAAAUAAGCAAUAAUACACGUGAACAAAAAUAAUACAAAUAAAUCAAUAAUAAGGUGCUGAAGCACUCCUGCAACACUUGCAGACCUAUAUUGUAUAUGUUGUCCAAACAACAACUAUAUUUACAGUAGUUUUUUUAUGUUGUCCAAAUAACAGCCUACAGUAGUGUUUUGAUAUUUCCAAGCAACAACUGUAUUUGCAGUCCUAUUUUGUAUAUGUUGUCCAAGCAACAACUGUAUUUAUAGUAUUAUUUUGUCCAACCAAUUUUAUUUUCCCUUUGCUCUCUGCCAUCUCCGCUUUUCCAUGCUUGGAGUUUAGACCAGGUAAUUUCCUGUGUCAUCCCCUGAUCUUUGUAAAGGUUAAACACCCUGGCAGGACAAUAGAUGUAUUUUUCUGUUUGGUCCCUGUUUUAAUGCCAAUCUGCAGAACCUGCACAGUCGGACAGACCUCUUUUUCUGCUCUAAUCUUUGCUUUGUGGCAUCAACACUUUUGUAGAGCUGUAAAAGUACCUGAUGGUCCCUUCUUUGGUUUUUUUGAACUGCUGUUGCUGCUGAUGUUGUCUGUCCAUAAUUUCUUGCAUGUUUUAUUUCACUUGACUCGGGUGUUAAGGCAGUGGAUGGAGCAGUAGAUGUUAACAGCAGUGCAGGUGGGUUGACAGCUGCAGGUGACACGGUUACCACUGGGACCUGUACAGUGGCACUGCCUUCAGUUAAAUUAUGCCACAGCAGCUGA